AUGAGUAGUGAGACACCUACAACUUCUUCAUUCUCUGGUGGAAACCCCACCUCCACAGGCAUCACCACUACAAAGAAUACCAGUAAUAAUAAUAAUAAUAAUAAUAAUAAUAAUAAUAAUAGUAAUCAUCAUCAUAAGGGUAAAAGUGAUAGUUUCACGGCCUAUCACUUUGCCUCUUUUGCGGCAAUGGAAGUAACAGUAACGAUGAUACCGCGGUUCACCAUGCCGCGCGUGAAUACCGCAUUUGGCGGCCGGUAUGGUCCCUUCACACCAAAUUACCCGGUGGAAGUUCCUCUUUGGCUCGCACUUCACAUUCGCCAAACCGACACCUGCACUAUUACACCACCACCAUUUCUUGUGGUUCCAUACUUGCGAGAUGUGUUGGAGCGUGAAAAGGCGAAUGAUGCCACAUUUGAGGCUCUUCCCUUUUAUUUCUUUGAAGUUGUCAAACAAUUGUGUGAGAACAGUGCGGCUGCGGAGGAUGUCCCGCAGGUUUCAGAAGUUGUUCGUUUAGUGGCGGAAGUAAAGGCGACGCGGCGGCGUAAACUGCAGCGAAGUAUGGCUGUGUUUGAGGCGGAGGGUUCGCCGGUGUUUAUUCCCGGCAUUAAACUCACAAAUAUCGUCCAUCACGAACUCGAAUAUCUCCGCGCCUCUUUUGCGGUGGUGUUGCGCCAAGCCGCGGAGAUGCACCGCCGCCGUGAACACCGCGUGGGGGCUCCACUCGAGCAACAAUACACGCCCGCCCGCAGUAGUAAUAGUAAUAAUAGUGGGAGUGCUGUUCACAUCCAUACAAGAAUGGGAAUGGGCAUCAGUACAGAUGGAAGCGGGAGUGGAAUGGAAACACCAUCCAUCACGACCACAACACAACAUAGUGGAGAGGAGAUGUUAACAACAACAACAGCAACAACAAUGGAGCGGGGGAGAAGAACUACUACCACAACAAUGACAACGAGUAUGAGUAUGACGGAACAACAAUAUCAACAACAACAACAACAACAGUCGGAAGUGGAAUCCACAUUGUUUAGUCAAACCCCAACAGGAGCAACGGGAACGAGUGUUUCCUCCGUCACAGAUGCCACAGACACAUUAACAAACGUUACAGUGGACGCCUUAUCUCCACCAGUGAAGAAGCGACGUACACUUCGACAGACAUAA